CUAUAUCAAUGUAAUAUAUAUACAUAGGUAAUAGACGCAGUUUUUGUUUUUAACGAAUGAGAAUUUCAAUAGGUACGACAAAUGAUCAUCAUUUGAUGUAUUAAUCCGACAAUAAUAUAAUAUAAUAAAGAUGGACGACUUCGACUUCGACAACUGUAGACGGCGUUCAGAGUUUUUCGAAGCAUAUGACUACCGCUGCGGCGGCGACAUUCGUCGGUCACCGUCAAGAAUUGUGGACGCGCUGGACUUGGCAGUGCAGCGACCGCCAUCGACGGUUCACGUGCGCCCGCUGGAACGACUGAGCGGACGAUGGACGUUCAGGUCGAUGCCGCAGGACGUCAACUUGGCGGCGUACGGAAAACAGUUUUCCGGCGAGUGGCCGUCGUUUCGCGUGGAAAUGGAUUGCGGCAGCAGCGCUGUGAACACGACGACAAGUGCACUGGUCAAGCGGGACACGACCAAAUAUGACGAGACGCAGGACGGUGGCAUAUUGUCAUGGAGCGCAGAUGAGAAGGAUUCGUCAACCUCGAAUCGUCCGAACGCGUUCGCGGGUCAGUGUGUCACUUACGUCGGACGGGUCUUUUCUUGGGACUUUUAUAGGACGGUUUAUCUGUUCUUUCAAAAAAUCGUCAAAUUUCGAAACCGUAGGUGAUUGACGUCGUAGUGCGUUGUGGAGCAUGGGGUGGUUCAGAUGUUUGUAUAAUUUUAAUUCAUAAUAUUAUGUAAUAAUAACAUAUCUACUAUCUAGUCUUAAUUCAUGGGACAUGGACAUAAUGAAACGUGCUUGGAUAGUACUCGUCACUCGAGCAGUGUCAACUCUUUACCGUAAAAUAUUUACCUAUACCGUGCCAUCAUCUAGUGUUAUUUACUUAAACUAAUGUAUUAUUAAGUAUUAUUUCUUUCGGACUUGAAUAGAAGAUCGACAUAUAUUUCUU